AUGGCGGCGCUCAUCGACAAGGAGAACUGGUUCGCGGAGUCGGAGGUCAUGUGGCCCGGCCAGCGCUUCUCCUUAAAAGUCGGCGAGGUGCUGCACCACAGCCGCAGCGCCUUCCAGGACAUCCUCGUCUUCCAGAGCGAGACCUACGGCCGCGUGCUCGUCCUCGACGGCGUCAUCCAGCUCACGGAGCGCGACGAGUUCGCGUACCAGGAGAUGAUCGCGCACCUGCCGCUCUUCUCGCACCCGGAGCCGAAGCGCGUGCUCAUCGUCGGCGGCGGCGACGGCGGCGUGCUGCGCGAGGUCGCGCGCCACGCCUGCGUCGAGACCAUCGACAUGUGCGAGAUCGACGCGGGCGUCGUCGAGGUGUCGAAGAAAUUCUUCGCGGAGUCGACGGCGACGGCGUACGGCGACGCGCGGCUCACGCUCGUCCACGCGGACGCGGCGGCCGACCCGGCCGUCGCCGCGGCCCUCGCGCGCCGCCAAACGCCCGGCGGCUGGCCCGGCUACGACGUGAUUAUUGUGGAUUCGUCGGACCCCGUGGGCCCCGCGGAGACGCUCUUCGAGCCCGCGUUCUACGACUCCAUGCGCGCGGCGCUGGCGCCGGGCGGCGCGGUCUGCACGCAGGGCGAGUGCAUGUGGCUCCACCUGCCCCUCAUCUCCAAGGUCGUCUCCGCGUGCCGCGACCUCUUCCCGACCGUCGAGUACGCGUACACGUGCGUGCCGACGUACCCCAGCGGCCAGAUCGGCUUCAUCAUGUGCUCCCUCGACGAGUCGCGCCACGCCCUCGUCAAGCCCGUGCGCGCGCCCGUGGGGCACCUCCAGGACCAGCUCAAAUACUACAGCCCGGACGUGCACGCCGCGGCCUUCGUCCUGCCGCCCUUCGCGGAGCGGGAGCUGCGCAAGUAA